AUGGAACAAGAAUUGGCAGGCCUGCAAGGAGACUUCGCUGAGCUCAAGCGUGAGAGCUUCAGGGCCUCACUUGCAGGGCCUGGCAGCGAGCUAAAGGCUCCGAAACCCUUCCUGACCUCCACCUCCCCGUCAGGGUCCUCCAUCAUAGCUCGUCUGCAGGCCCUCAAAAGGGAAAGUGCACAGCUUCUUGAGAGCUCCUCCACCAGAGGUGCAACAGACCUGCCACCCAGCAGCGCCCCAGCCGCAGCGCAAGCAUCCAAUCCAUCUCAAGGAAGGGUUCUACAGCCGAUCACAAGAGAGAAUGCCAGAAGCUCCACGGCAGCAGAGCGAAGCAGCUUCAGUGAGAUUUGCUUCGAGGCAGCUGGGCAAUGGGAGACUCCCAGCCUGGCACAGGCGGCGGAGGAGCUCUUCAGCGACUCCACCUUUGCAGAAUUGUGCGAGCGCGGCCUCACUAUGCAGCUGAAGCGCACCAAAGACGGCGCCACGGCCGAAACUCGCAUUGCUGAGCUCGCAGGUCUUGUGAAGCUUCUGAGAAGGUGCUUGACCCAGAUGUCCACAAGGACACGCUCGUUUAUAGAGACCUGCGUGAAGUUUGAGAAGGAAGCCAGGCAGCAGGUGGAGUCGCUGGAGCUGGCGAGGGACUCUGCAGCAGCCAAUCACAAGAGGGAGCUGGCAGCGGCGCAGCGGGAUGCAGCGCAGGUGGCCGCUCAGCACAAGAGCGCCGCCGCUUCCUGGCACACCGACCUGGACACCUACAAGUCAGAGCUGAGCUGCCUGAAGCGGGAGCUGGAGCGCAUGGAGAGCGAGCGGGACCGAGCCCGCGAGGAAGCCAGACUGGCUGUGGCGUCUCGAUCGGAGCUGGAGAGCAUGGCGCAGGGGGUCAAGCGCGAGACUGGGCAGCAGCUGAGGGAGCUGCAGGUCGACCACGGGGCCGCCAUGCGCCAGCUGGCCGCCGUGCAGGAGGCCUCCGAGCGCGCACAGGCCCGGCUGCAGGCGGAGGUUGGCGCUGCCCAAGAAGCCAAGGAGGCGGCGGCAGCAAGGGCGGCAGCUGUCGAGGAACAGCUAUCUUCAGUGCAGCAGAGGUUGGACCAGGCGGUGGAGGCACUGGAAGCCACCAGGAGCAAAGAGCAGGACCUAGUGGUCCAUCACAAGCAGCUGUCCUCGGACUACUUGGCGCAGCUGGCCCGGUGCGAGGCGGCCGAGGCCGACUGCGCAGCACUCCGGCGGGACUGCGGCGCAUCCCAGGAGCGCAGCGCAGCGCUGGCCGCGGAGUGCGACGCCCGCGCGGCCGCUCUUGAGGCCGCUUCGCAGCGCCUGCAGGAAGCGCACGCGGCCCAAGCCAGCUCCAGCCAGGCCUGGGAGUCUGAACGCGCCUCUCUGCAGGGUGCGCGUGAUGCGGCAUUGGAGCGAGAGGCGCAGCUGGCGGCAGAGAAGGCGCAGCUCAAAUCGGGGCUGGGCACCGCGCUUGAGCAGAAGGCUCUGGUGGAGAGCCAGCUGGCCGCCGCCCACUCGGAGCAGCACUCGCUCCGCUCUCAGGUGGAGGCAGCGGAGGCGCGGGGCAAGCAGGGGCAGGCGGAGGCUCAGGCGGCAAUGGCCGAGCUGGCAGAGGUUCGCUCGCAGGCUCAGGUGGAGGCGGCCGCCCACGAGGCGCUCAUGCACGACGCCUCCCAGAAGGCCGCCCGCCUCGCGCGCCUGGAAGGCACGGCCCUGCAGCCCUGCACUCCUUGCACCACAAUUCUUUACUAG